AUGUUAGAUGCUCGUCGAAGAAUAGCCGAUCAAAAGAGAAAAGAAGUACUAAAAUUGAAUGAUAAAGUAGUUUUAACUUUACUUGAUGUGGCUCGAUUUCUUAGUAGACAAUCAUUGGAUUUUCAGAGAAAUGCAACUUCUGAAGGAAACUUUGUUGCAGCUGUAAAUAUGAUGCGUCGUCGUGAUCCAGUACUUGAUCGGUGGUUUAAAGAUUGUAGUUUACGACCAUAUCACAGUAAUUAUCUUCAUCAUAAUUCACAAAAUGAAUUUAUUGAGUUACUGGGUAGUGCUGUUCUUAAAUCAAUUAUAAGUGAUAUUAAUGAUGCGCCAUUCAUUUCAGUUAUGACUAAUUCAACUAUGGACGCAUCGCAUAAAGAAAUUUAUACAAUUGUUGUUAGAUUUGUCAAGAAUUUUAUGGUACAAGAACGAAUAAUAACUGUGGUCGAGUUAAAUUCAAAGGUAGGUCAAGAUAUUUGUGAACAUAUUUUAGAGCAGCUGAAAAACUGUGGUAUUCCAACUGAAAAAGUCAUUGCUCAAUCAUACGAUAAUGCUUCGAACAUGUCCGGUAAAAAUAUGGGAGUUCAAGCGUGCUUAAAAAUAAUGAACACUCUCAACAAAUUAUCGGGAUGUAAUAUUGAAACAAACACUGGAGAAACAGCUAAGAAUCUUCUCAACAAAUUAUGUUCUUUUAAUUUUUAUACAAUAUUACUUUUUUUUUUAAAUUUAAUGGCAUCAACUAAUACUUUAAUCAUUCAUUUACAAAAACCUGAAAUGGAUAUUCUAGCAACAAUUGAUAUAAUUGGAGAUACAAUUCAUCUUCUUCAACGAAUGUAUAACGAUGAUAUGGCUCUUAAUGCUAUUAUUGAACCUUUACCACUUGGUCUUCUUCAAAAUGAUCGUUCAACAUUGACAACUAACGAAUGGACUCUUCUUUCGAAUUUUCUUCAUGCAUUUGAUGAGCAGAAGUCUUACACACGAAUUCGAACUUCUCUUAAUGAUUUGUGUUCAUUACCACCCAAAUUACGUUUGAAGCCGUCCGAAAUCGUGAACCUUCUUCGUGAGCUGUAUGGUAGUGUUGGACCACUUAUGGAACGUUCAUCAGAUUUUCAUUCUUUAUCGGUUAAUACACGUCAAGUUCUAGUUAAGCAUAAUUUAUACAUAACUUGCGUGAUGAAUGGACUUUUUUUGUGUCGUGAGCUGAAUGUAUUCGAUAAUAUGGCUGUUUUCAAUUCUUAUAAUCAACUAUCAGGACCUGAAUAUAUGAUAGAAUGUCGUCGAAAUAUUGCACAAUUUGAUUCAAAUGGGACUAUUAUUAAAAUCUUUAUAUUCAUAAUAGCUUUUUCAAGUAACUACUCAAUUGUUACAUAUGAUAAACAAGUAGACAUUUCAAUUAUAUCAAACUCAAUCAAUCUUGUUGCUAUUCAGAAUGUAUAUGUCACGAUGUUAUGGAAAUAUUUAAUAUAUUUUUAUGGAUUUAGGGAAGCAAUACUUCGAUUCACUCGUCUUGUAAAAAAUAGUCUAAAUUUAAUUACCAUGGUUAAUUCGAUGCCUCGAAACGAAACUCGUAACCGAAUGCGUGAUAAAAUUCUUAUGGACACACAGCGUACAUUGGUGAUCGACGGUUGA